UCGGCUGUCGACUCGCUCGAGCUGCUGCCGCUGCCACCGCCGAAGGAGGGGCAAAGCUCAAGAUGGCGGACAAAACGCCAGGCGGGUCUCAGAAGGCCAGUUCAAAGACUAGAUCAUCAGAUGUUCAUUCAUCUGGAUCUUCAGAUGCACAUAUGGAUGCAUCUGGACCCUCAGAUAGUGAUAUGCCAAGUCGGACACGACCGAAGAGCCCAAGAAAACAUAAUUAUAGGAAUGAAAGUGCUCGUGAAAGCCUUUGUGAUUCUCCUCACCAGAAUGUCUCAAGACCUCUUUUAGAAAACAAACUUAAAGCAUUCAGUAUUGGAAAAAUGAGUACAGCUAAGCGAACUUUAAGUAAGAAGGAGCAAGAAGAAUUAAAGAAAAAGGAAGAUGAAAAGGCUGCUGCUGAGAUUUAUGAGGAAUUUCUUGCUGCUUUUGAAGGAAGUGAUGGUAAUAAAGUGAAGACAUUUGUUCGUGGAGGUGUUGUUAAUGCAGCUAAAGAAGAACAUGAAACGGAUGAAAAAAGAGGCAAAAUCUAUAAGCCAUCUUCAAGAUUUGCAGAUCAAAAAAACCCUCCAAAUCAGUCAUCCAGUGAAAGACCUCCAUCUCUUCUUGUGAUAGAAACCAAAAAACCUCCACUGAAGAAAGGGGAGAAAGAAAAGAAAAAAAGCAAUUUGGAACUCUUCAAAGAAGAAUUGAAACAAAUUCAAGAAGAGCGCGAUGAGAGACAUAAAACAAAAGGCAGGUUAAGUCGAUUUGAGCCACCUCAGUCAGAUUCUGAUGGUCAGCGGCGAUCCAUGGAUGCGCCUUCAAGAAGAAAUAGAUCAUCUGGUGUUCUUGAUGACUAUGCACCUGGGUCACAUGAUGUGGGAGAUCCAAGCACUACUAAUUUAUACCUUGGAAACAUCAAUCCACAGAUGAAUGAAGAAAUGUUAUGCCAAGAAUUUGGAAGAUUUGGACCAUUAGCCAGUGUGAAAAUUAUGUGGCCUAGGACUGAUGAAGAAAGAGCAAGAGAGAGAAACUGUGGUUUUGUGGCCUUUAUGAAUAGAAGAGAUGCUGAAAGAGCUUUAAAAAAUUUAAAUGGAAAGAUGAUUAUGUCUUUUGAAAUGAAGUUAGGUUGGGGUAAAGCUGUGCCUAUUCCUCCACACCCAAUAUACAUUCCGCCUUCUAUGAUGGAACAUACGCUUCCCCCACCUCCAUCAGGACUGCCUUUUAAUGCACAGCCUAGAGAGCGGUUAAAAAACCCCAAUGCUCCCAUGUUACCGCCACCUAAAAACAAGGAGGAUUUUGAGAAGACUCUGUCGCAAGCCAUAGUCAAAGUGGUUAUCCCAACAGAAAGGAAUUUGCUUGCCCUGAUACAUCGAAUGAUAGAGUUUGUUGUACGUGAAGGGCCAAUGUUUGAAGCUAUGAUUAUGAACAGAGAAAUCAACAAUCCCAUGUUCAGAUUCUUGUUUGAAAACCAGACACCAGCCCAUGUUUACUAUAGGUGGAAGCUUUACUCUAUUCUGCAGGGAGAUUCUCCAACUAAGUGGCGGACAGAAGACUUUCGUAUGUUCAAAAAUGGAUCUUUUUGGAGGCCACCACCAUUAAAUCCAUACCUGCACGGGAUGUCAGAAGAGCAAGAAACAGAAGCUUUUGUAGAGGAGCCUAGUAAAAAGGGAGCACUUAAGGAAGAACAGAGGGACAAAUUAGAAGAAAUCCUGCGGGGGUUAACUCCGAGGAAGAAUGAUAUUGGAGAUGCAAUGGUUUUUUGUCUAAAUAAUGCUGAAGCUGCUGAAGAAAUAGUGGAUUGUAUUACUGAGUCAUUGUCCAUCUUAAAGACACCCCUUCCCAAAAAGAUUGCUAGAUUAUAUUUGGUUUCUGAUGUUUUGUACAACUCCUCAGCAAAAGUUGCCAAUGCUUCAUAUUAUAGAAAAUUUUUUGAAACAAAGUUAUGUCAGAUAUUUUCAGACCUCAAUGCUACCUAUCGUACCAUUCAAGGCCAUUUACAGUCUGAAAACUUUAAGCAACGGGUAAUGACAUGCUUUAGAGCAUGGGAAGACUGGGCAAUUUAUCCAGAACCAUUUUUGAUCAAACUACAAAAUAUUUUCUUAGGACUUGUAAAUAUUAUUGAAGAAAAGGAAACAGAGUAUGUGUUUCCACAGGAUGUACCAGAUGACCUUGAUGGUGCCCCUAUUGAGGAAGAGCUUGAUGGUGCACCUUUAGAAGAUGUGGAUGGAAUUCCUAUUGAUGCUGCUCCCAUUGAUGAUCUUGAUGGAGUCCCUAUAAAGAAUUUUGAUGAUGAUCUUGAUGGAGUACCUUUGGAUGCGACUGAAGACUCAAAGAAGAAUGAGCCUAUAUUUAAGGUUGCCCCUUCAAAGUGGGAAGCUGUAGAUGAAUCUGAAUUGGAAGCACAGGCUGUAACAACUUCUAAAUGGGAGUUAUUUGACCAGCAUGAAGAAUCAGAAGAAGAAGAAAAUCAAAAUCAAGAAGAAGAAAGUGAAGAUGAAGAAGAUACUCAAAGUAGCAAAUCUGAAGAACAUCAUUUGUACUCUAAUCCAAUCAAAGAAGAAAUGACUGAGUCCAAGUUCUCUAAGUACUCUGAAAUGAGUGAGGAAAAACGAGCUAAACUUCGUGAAAUCGAGCUCAAAGUGAUGAAGUUUCAGGAUGAAUUGGAAUCUGGAAAAAGACCCAAGAAACCAGGCCAGAGCUUUCAGGAGCAAGUAGAACACUACAGAGAUAAACUGCUACAACGAGAGAAAGAGAAAGAAUUAGAAAGAGAACGAGAAAGAGAUAAGAAGGAUAAAGAAAAAUUGGAAUCUCGCUCCAAAGACAAGAAGGAAAAAGAUGAGUGUACUCCAACAAGGAAAGAAAGGAAAAGGCGACACAGUACGUCCCCUAGCCCAUCCCGCAGUAGCAGUGGUAGACGAGUGAAGUCCCCGUCACCAAAGUCGGAGCGGUCCGAGCGUUCAGAAAGAUCUCAUAAGGAGAGCUCACGGUCAAGGUCAUCUCACAAAGACUCUCCUAGAGAUGUUAGCAAAAAGGCCAAAAGAUCACCAUCUGGUUCAAGGACACCUAAAAGGUCUAGGCGAUCACGGUCUAGAUCCCCUAAAAAAUCAGGGAAGAAAUCCAGAUCCCAGUCCCGAUCUCCACACAGGUCUCAUAAAAAGUCAAAGAAAAACAAACACUGACAUAAAACUUUAAGAUGCUGUCACUUAUUGGAAAUGCGAUUUUGUUUUGUGCCUGAACGGUCUGUUUUGUUUUGUUUUUGUUUUUUUAAUGAAAGAGCAUUCCUGGGGUUUUUGUUCAUUUGUCUGUGAACGCAUGUGUACAUUCAUGAGUAACUGCAUCUGUAGACCUGUCAUUGUUUUAUAUUGUGUAAAUUACUUUUGUUGUGGCUGUUUUCAAGAUGAAAUUUUUAUUGUGAUGAAUUUCAUCAGAAAUGUGUACAAUGGAUCUGCUGGCAGUAGUAGUAUUUUUGUUUUAGGAUGCUGUGAUUUAGCAAAACUAAUACAGAUGUCUUCCCCCAUUUUGUAGCUUUGACAAUUUGGAUUAGAUUUCAAAUAAAAUCUGAAGAGAAAACCAUAAUGUUGUUUUUUUGCCCUGUUGGUGACAUCAAGUCCCUUAAAGUCUUACUGAGUUUAGCACUUGUGUUGUGUUUCUAUACCUAAUGCACUUUACAAGCUCCAUUGUUCAAGCAGCUCAAGUUUUAUGUUUAGUAAAAUGACUAUAAAAAUUAGGGGACCUGAGACUUCUAUUUGGUAGGUUCUCCAACCAGUUUCUUCAGUAAGGUUCUCUUGAGUAAUACUAGUACCCAGAGAUCAAAAGACGAGGUGAAUGCAGCAUGGCCUUUUGUUAAUGGAAUGGCUACCUAAAAUAUUUUUUCUUUUUUUCAAAAAAGCAGUAUGAUUUCAGUACACUCAGCCUAUGUCCUGAGCAACUACUUAUUAUUGGGGGAAGAUUGAGUCUCCAUCUUUUGAUUUUUUCAUCAAUCAUGAAAGAAGUUUAUUUAUAAAAUGUUUUCUAACAAGGGUCGGCUGUAGAAUUUGUUGUUUGAUAGUUGCCCCCGAUAGCCCUCUGUAGGUUAUCUUCACACCCCGAGCUUGUGUAUGCUGCCAGGUUCUGUUUGAGGAACCUUUGGGGUUUUCUUGGUUAGUUUGGUUUUUUUUUUUAGAUUUAAUUUUAGCUUUAAUUAAAAUUUAAAAGUGAAACAGUUAAGGAAACUUAACAUCCAGUGGUUUGUAAAUUCAAGGUGCAGAAGUUGAUUUAAACAUUUGCAGAGUUAAAAUCUGUUAUGCCGUGGGAAAAAAUGGCUGUGGUCUGAGGAAGAAAUAGGAAUCAUUGUAUGAUAUCAGUCAUAAUAUUGCUAUAAAUGUAAUGGAUUAAAGGGCUGUGUGGACCUGAACUGACGCUGCUCUUCUUGAGUCUGCCCCCGUUUCUCCUUCAGGCACUUCAUACUGUGGUUUGGUGUGUUUUAUUCCCCUUAAAAGAAAGAGUAGAAAAAUAUUCCAAUAGUAGCUUGUUUUGUGUUAGCUUGCUUUUUAAAAACAUCUUUUCAAGUCGUUUGCCUAGUCACAAAAUAAAAUAAGCUCUACACAUUUGGGGGGGGGGUAGGUGUAUUAGCUCAGCAGUGAGGCGUGCCAUUUCCAAACUGGGCAAACCUACAAAAGCUUUAGAAAUGAGCCAAUCAGAUUAUUUUACUUAGUGGUCAUCAACAUGCAGUAUUGUUUGGAGGUUAUUCUGUUAUUCAAUCUCUCAUUUGUCCAUAUUGUCAUGAAAUGUUAAUUAUUCUAAAUGUUGCACAGAAUAUACACAAACAUUUGGUGCUAGUUUUUAAAAUCUACAAAUAUAGCCAUUUUAAAGUUACAUGGUUUUAUUCUCAGUUUAUUGCCUGGGAGAAUGGACUUUAUAUAAUUAAUUACCUUUUUUUGCAAAAAUAAUAAUGUUUGAGUUGCUGCUGAUUUGGACAUUCCAUAACUCUGGUUUCUAGUAUAGGGUUCAAAAUUAGUCAGGUAAAGAUUUUGCCAGUCAGGUUGCGUGGAAUGCUUGCUUCCUUCUCUCUUAAAAAAUAUCCCGGAGAAGUAGGAGUGAAUAGAAAUUGUUAGGUCAGUUUUGGGUGCUUAUUUGUAGCAUUUUUUUCUACUGCCAUGAGAUUUUGCAGUUCUUUUGUUGUGGAUACAGAGACAGUGAGCAUCGUUUACUCACAGUGGGUAAGACCAGCUUCCUUUCGGGUGGGUGGUGGGGAUUGCUUAGGGUGAUAGAAUAUGUAUUCUCUGAAGUUUGUUAAUGUGUAUAUUAGGUUGCAUUGGGGUUUUUUUUCUGGAAUUCCAAGUAACAUUGUUAGGUAGGUUAUUUGCAAUUUUACUCAAUGAGAAAAAUGUCUAAAGUAAGCCUGUUUAAUUCUCCAUGGAUUCUAUGACAUUUUCAUGGGAAAUAUUCUACCAUAUUUUUAUAAUAGCAUAUUACUCAUGUUUCCUAUCUAAAAAACUCUUAAUUGGAUGGUGAAAUUUCUAAAGGUUGACUAAUCUGUUCCCAGGCAGGGCCUUCUAUUUGCAGGAAAUGCCCUGUUCUGGCUCAGUGAUGGACAGUUAUAUAUAGCUAUGUCUUCUGUCAUAGCUAUAUAUAAGGAAAUCCUCUGUUGUCUAGUCUUCUUAGAGGGUGUAAACCCUCUACCCUCUAACCUAACAUUUACAAACAGGGAUUCCUUAUCAAGUUAAUUACUAUUUAAUCUCCCUCUCUUCUAUAGACAAGAGAAAAUACAAGAGUAAAUAGUGGUCUAUUUCUUGGCAAAGAGAGACCUUUGAUUGAAAGAGUUGUGUUUGAGAAAAUUUUUUUUUGACAUAUUUACUUACUACUGUUAGUAAGUGUACAAACAUUUCAGAACUGUAACAUGUUGAGAACGUAGAGAUUAAAGAACUGAACAAAGAGCGCUGGCUCCAAAGAAGGCUCUUAUUUGGUUCAGAAUGUUUUUGGCUUUUAAGCUAAAGUUUGCAGAAGUUAUUAUACACUGACCUAAUUUUUCUUUAUUGCAGACCAUUCCUGUGGGCUUACCUUUAGUCUUUUAUCCUAAUUAAAGAAUCUUAGAAGGAGGAAAUUCUUGUAUUUUGUUCCCCCAAACUUGAAUAUUCUUGAGCACUUGAAAAUAUAUUUUAAGAUAUUUCAGUUGUGAUCUGAUUUAGGCUUAUUAAAAAUAUUCUACACACAUUUGCCUCCAUGUUGGUGUAAGUUCUGAAAAAUUAUAUGGCCAUGAUAAUAUAGUUUAUUAUUUUGAUGAUUAAAAAUGAGAGCACAUUACUCUGUUUGCCAAAAUGACUUAACCUAUUCUCAGAUGCCACAACAGUAUGAUUUUUUUAGCAGAGAAAAUUGUUUUUCAAAAGAAAUAGUACCACUUUUCUAAGACUGUACAUUUAAGAAAUAAGAGCUUUUUUCCUUUGUUUUUCUCUUCUCUUUUAAUGGGAAAGCUAAUUACAGGAAAUUCACUGUAGGUACUAAUGACAGUACUAGUAUAAGUUUAAAGGACAUGUGACUAAAAAACUCAGAGCUUGGUUUAUUCAUAUUUCAUAUGCGUGUUUUAGAAUAGAGGUUAGGAGGUGUUUAAUUCAUUACCCUUUUGGCUUUGCCUUAUUUUUUUUUAUCAGUGUCCCAGGACUUAGAUAAUACACAAAUGCAAAAACCCCAGGGAAGUGCUGUGAGGACAGACAGAGGGGACCACCCCUGGUCACACGGUGCCACCUCAUGGAGUUUUGUGUACCUGGAUUCUUUGUGUAAUUGGUUAUUUAUUUAGUUUUGUAGAUCUGUAGAUAAAAUGUUCUCGUUCAUUUUCACAUGUAAAUUAUGCUUGGAAUACUUGUGAUUUCUCUUUUAACUUCAAUAAGCUCUUGUACAUUUUAUCUUUGGUGAUUUUAAAUAUCAGGAAAGACUAUUUUUUGGAAAUGAGAAUAAUAUUGUUGAAAUUGGCUCAGCUGAAUGUUCUGCAGGAAGACAAUUUUGGGAGGUGAGCCGACUCCAUAAUGUAGUUACUCCUGGUGUGCGGACCCAGCUGAUUGUGGGCCUGCUUUGCAGAGUGUCACUUCGGUUUUUCUACACCGAGAUCGUGCAGUUACAGGCAAAGGGUGUAGAACUUGCCUUUUGUUGUCGUUGUUCUGACUCUUGGUUACUUGAAUAAAAAUACGUUGUUUUCAUAGCAAACUUUAGACUCUUACGUAAUUUUCUCCAUGUAGUUUCCUGAUGCAGGCCCAGUAAACCAGGGCCUAGCGUUCGGCAGCUUUCUUCCAUGUCAAAUGGGUGGUGUGUCACCUCUAUCGGUUGUAGCUAAAAUGUUACCACAUUUUACAUGUUCAAACUGUAAUAAAAUAGUUUUAUGAUAGCUUAUUUUCUUGACUGGGGAAUUGUGUUUCCUUAUUGGUUCCCCCUUUUUUAAACAGUUACUUUGUUCUAUUUUACUUCAUUGAGGAAAAUUCCAAAUAUAUACAAUAGUAGAAUUAAGAACCAUCAACCUGCAAAUAUCAACCUACUAGUGUGUAUUUAAAUAUUUUGUUUUUAAAGCAUAAUGACUGACAGCAUCAUUAUGUUCAAAAUAAUUCAUUUUUCCUCUAAAUUGUUAUUUUUAAUUUUGAUAAAAUACAACCACAUUCACCAUCAUAACCACUUUUAGGUGUACAGGUAGCGUGCUGAGUGCGUCCACGUUGUGCAGCCGGUCCCCGUAGUGUUUCAUCUCACAAAACGGGGUCUUCACCUGUUACGUUCCCCUUUUUCUCUCUUCCCCUCACCGCUGGCUGGCAGCCUCCGUCUUGCUUUCUGUGGUUCGGCUGCUCCAGAUACCUCACGUAAGUGGAAUCACAUGGUGUCUCUUUGUGACUGGCACAUUUCAUUUAGCGUAACGUCCUCGAGGCCCCUCCACAUGGUAGCCUGUGCACCGGUUCUUUUUUAAAGCCUGCUUUUUCUUUCAAGUUUCUGUAAGUCCUUAUGGGACUCGAAAAGGGUUUGUCCCAAAUGGCACAUAGGUGUCUUUUAUUCUGAGCAAAACCUUCAAAAGAAAACAAAGUGUAUGUGCCAAUUACUCUACAGCACUUUCUUUACCAUUUUUAUCACUUUUCAUGCUGUGUUCUCUUUCAUAGUUAUGUAUGAUAUAUUAAUUUUCAACACUUCAUAGCAUGGAGUUUUUCCUGAUGAAAGGGGAAGUAAUGUUUUGGCAUUUAGUAAACUCAGUGUUUGGAUUAGAUACUUACUUUGCUAUGGAGUCAUAUUUAGACUUGAAUACCAGCUCAUCUUCCUCAUUGUGUGACCUUUUGGAACCUUAUUUUCUCACACAUAAAAUGGAGUAGUAACCUUGUGUGUUUAUCAUAAGGAUAAAAUCACAAAUCACUGGCAGGCAGUUGUCAUGCAUAGAAGUUAAAGCUCAUAAGCAUUCAGUAUUUCUGAAAACUAAUGAUGGGAACAUCUUCUAAAACAGAGUAACACAAUUCCAUAGCAUUGGUACCUAUAAAAGAUACUUUCUUUUACUUGGUUUGUAGUUAACAGAUUUUGGAAACUUACAUUUGGGGAUAUUACAGUUUAUUGCACACUGAGUGCAAUAAUAAUAAACGAUCACUUUAUAAUCUGCUGGCCUGCUCUUCUAGACAUUUAACUCUAUGAGAAAAACAUUUUUUAUUUUUGUCAAGUGAAUUUUUAGAAAUAUGUUCUAUUGUCAUUUAUUAUUGUAGAAUCGCAUAAACCAGAGUUCCUAAAAGGGGGCCCAUAAAAGAAAAUCUCCAUGUAGACAGUUUAAAUAGGAUAUAUAUGGAAAGAGCCUGGAGAAUAGUAUAAAAUAUGCUGCGUGAGAUUUUUUGUCCAAGUCCAAAAUCAAAAAAGAAAAAUCUAUACCAAUUAUCAGAACUGAGUAGCAGUGUACAAUUUUCACAAAAUGAAUGGACAGAGUAGUUUCCUGAAAGACUAAAAAGAAAGUUAAUAAUGUGUAAUUGAACUUAUAGUAUGUAUUUUGCAAGUUAAAAUUUUUAUUUUCAGAUGACAUAGAAAUAAGAACUGUACCAUAAAAUAACUACAACUAUAGAAUUUGACAAGGAAGUGCCACUUUAAAUUCUCAAAAAUAAUAGCUUUGCAUUAUGUCCUCAGGACAUUUGUGAAGCUCUGGAAACUGCACAAACACGAGUUUGGAAGAACAAAAGUUUGAUUAAAAACAUUACUUGGUCUCCCAUCUAGCUGAAACACUGAAAUGGGAAAGAAGCAUCACCUCUCUCUACACUGACUUUCUCUGAGCAGCCAACAGUUCUAUUAUGUGAAGUGCGUUAGAUGAGUUUUCAGCAUAUUUUGUUUUAUUGCAGUUCAAUUGCUACAGGGGUGAGCAGUUGAUUAAAAGCAUUUAGGAAAGUGCUUUUCAGAUGGUUUUUGGCCGCACUAACAUUUCAAUAAAGGAUUUGUCAAAUUCUUCAUUUAUUUCUGGGAAAUUAAACUAUCUGGGCCUAAUGUAAGCCUCUAUCAUGGAAUGUAGUAAGCUAUCAAAACUAAAAGGUGUUGUAAGUAGAUUUUUUAUCUGUAUAUUCUCCAAUCACAGCACCAUGUAGCUAAUGUGAAUUUUAACUCUUGAGUUUCCAGACCACCUGUGUGUGUGUCCUGAGUGUUUCAUAGGGCACUGACCCGUGACUUCUGAUACGUCCUGUUUUCAGAAUGUGUCCUCCCUAGAGCAUGUCCAGCACUGUACCAGGCACUAUACAUGCGGGGGAAUGACAAGCAGAAAUCUCACUCAAGUACUUCUCAAGAUACUGGUUUAAUUCUGAACUGAUUGCCUUAAAAGCAUGAUUAAUUUUACUUAAAUGGCAGGCAUAUGUUAGAGAAAAUCUUGAAGCAAGGAAUGAUGAUUGUACUUGUUCUCCUCACUGACACACACUUGUCAAAACUUCCAAUUAUUUUUUAUUUGCAUGUAUUUUGUACUGAAACAGUGUGGUCUUCAUUUUGUUUAUUAUGUAAUAAAACCCAGCUGAUAAUGUAUGAAGAAUGAGAGACGUUUGGUGCUCAGAUAAAGAAUCACUCUGCCUACUGUGUAUUUCAGUUUAUAAUGUGGUAAGUUGGAGACUUCAGCUACCUAGAUCUGUUCAACAUAUUUCUAGAACAGCUUAUGUUCGUCGUUAACAAUUGUGACUGGUCCCACCCUACCCAGUAGAGUCAUGAUUCUCUUCAAGUGCCAUAGCCGGUCACAGUGGGAUUCAGACUACUUAGCAACGCAGAUCACCACCUCAUAGCUUUCCUUGUACCUCUAUGUCCUUGUAUCCCGUGGAUGAUGGCGGGGUGCUGGGGAAGUCUUCAAGUACUUGAGUAUGCUAAUACCUGUCCCUCUUUAUCCUAAACUUUGGCCUUCCGUCAUUUUACCUUGAUGUGUGCUCACAUGCACUCACCGGGUAUCCGAGGCCCCUGGAGGACCUUGCAGAGCACCGUAAUGUCUGUGUGGAAGGUGGUUCUUCUGGUGCAGGAGACCCUUUUGAUGCAAAUGGAGGAGAUAACAUACUUUGAGAAAAAGGAGGACUUGCCUUCCCCUCCUUACCUCUUCGGAUUUCAUUGUGCUUAUUUCUUUCCCCAUUUUCUCUCAAGCUUUUCGUUCUUUCCUUGCAGACUGUGUUGCAGACAAGGUAAAUAUGAUAAAUAAACUGUCCAAUCUUGGCUCAAAU